AUGGCAAGAAUGGCUCCAAUGUGGUUCAUACUUGUGGGGUUGUCUUGUUUCUUUGUAACUCAAGCAUAUGGGGAGAACUUGCUUGCAAGGACUAUUUCUGGUGGCAAUCAUCAUGAAACAAUAUUUAGACUGAAGGCAUUCAAAACAUCUCUCACUAAGCAUGACUCCAUUGUUUCAUUACCACCAUCUUCCUUCUCACCCUCUUCAAGCCCUUCUCCUCAGCCAUUGCAGGGUCUGAACAAACCACAUGUGUACCUUGUGACAUCUUAUGGUGCAGAUCCAACAGGAAAUUCAGAUAGCACUGAAGCUCUUCUUGCAGCCAUAUCAGAUGCUGCCAAAGGUCCAAGUAAAGGGUUCUUGAUGAAGGACAUCAAUGACCUUGGAGGUGCUCAGAUUGAUCUUCAGGGUGGAAACUACAUGAUCAGUAAACCUCUGCAGUUGCCAGUGGCUGGGGUUGGAAACCUUAUGAUACAUGGGGGAACUAUAAGGGCCUCAAAUAAUUUUCCAUCAGAUGGAUAUCUCAUUGACUUGUCCAACACUGGAGAAAGCAAGAAAGGGUCCACUUCAACAUCCUACAAUUAUGAGUACAUAACUUUCAAGGACCUCUUGCUAGAUUCCAAUUUCACUGGGGGAGGCAUUUCAGUCAUAAACUCACUUAGAAUUAACAUAGACAAUUGUUACAUUACACAUUUCACUACCACUGGAAUUUUAGUCCAAAGUGGCCAUGAAACCUAUAUCAGGAACUCCUUCCUUGGCCAACACAUUACUGCUGGAGGGGAUAAAAAAGAAAGGGACUUCUCAGGCACUGGCAUAAGCCUUCAAGGAAAUGAUAAUGCAGUCACAGAUGUUGUGAUUUUCUCUGCUUCUAUAGGAAUAAUGGUCACUGGUCAAGCCAACACUUUUUCUGGUGUACAUUGCUACAAUAAGGCCUCUGGCUUUGGAGGAACUGGGAUUUAUUUGAAACUUCCUGGUUUAACACAAACCAGGAUUGUGAAUUCUUACAUGGAUUACACCAAAAUUGUUGUUGAAGACCCUGUUCAAGUUCAUAUCUCUAGCAGUUUCUUCCUUGGUGAUGCCAAUAUUGUACUAAAAUCAAUCAAAGGGGUUGUAAAUGGUCUAAGUAUUGUUGACAACAUGUUCUCAGGUUUAAAUAAUGGGGUUGAAAUUGUGAAGCUAGACCAAUCAAAUAGUCCUUUCAAUCAAAUUGAUCAAGUUUUUGUUGCUAGAAAUAUUGUGAAGGGAAUGAACUUAAAGGCCACAUCAGCAAAGAUGUCUAUGCAUGGGAAUGGAACUUCAUGGAUUGGUGAUUUUAACAAAAUUCUGCUUUUUCCUAACCUUAUUAAACAUGUUCAGUACUCCUUAAGCACCACAAGCAGCACCUUCCCAAAUCAUGCUCUAAGAAAUGUGUCUGGGAACCGCAUUGUGAUUGAAACAGAUGAGGCAGUAACUGCAAAUGUUUUUGUCACAGUGGAUCAAAGUAUUGUGAGUUGA